AUGUUAUCUCGUCUAGGUCUCAGAUACACCUCGACUGUUUCUGCAGCUGCGACUGCUGUAUCUGCAGCAGCGCCAGCGGGACGCCGUUCUCUCAUCUCCCCCUCGGUCAUUCCAUACAUUGAAUCCGAGGAGCCAAUCACCUUCACCUCCAACGAGGCCAAGCGUCAACGUCGCCGCUUGCUGUCCAGGCCCGGACUUGUGGGGAUCAAGAGGGGUAUGACGUGCUAUUUUGACAAUCAGGGACGUCGAUUGCCUGCAACUGUUUUGGAAAUUGUCCAAAAUGAGGUUGUUUAUAAUAAAACUGUCGAAAAAAAUGGCGUAUUUGCCGUUCAGGUUGGUGCAGGCUAUAAGAAACCACAGAAUGUUACCAAGCCAAUGCUAGGGCAUUUCCGUAAUGCCAAGGUAUCUCCAAAGGAGUUCCUUGCAGACUUUGAAGUUGCAAAACGGUCCCAGCUUCCUAAAGUUGGCACUCAAUUAAAGGCCGACCACUUCCAAAUUGGCCAACUAGUGGAUGUCAUCUCCAUCACUAAGGGUAAAGGUUUUGCCGGUGUCAUGAAGAGGUGGAACUUCAGUGGUGGUAACGCUACACAUGGUGCCUCCAAAUCGCAUAGAUUGGCCGGUUCCACUGGUCAAAACACGACUCCUGCAAGAGUUCUACCUGGUAAGAAGAUGGCGGGAAGAUUGGGUAACGAGAGAAAUACCAUCUUCAACUUAGAGGUGUUGGACUGUAACGCCGAAGAUGGGUACAUUCUUGUCAAGGGAUGUGUCUCUGGAUCAAGGGGCUCCUUUGUAGAAAUAAGAGACGCCUUGAAGAAAUACGGCAGGCAUCUCAUCAACGAGGGUAAAUACUGA